AUGAGUAGAGAGGAAGAAGGGAGCUCCAGAUGUGGCUGGAGACAAAGAACGGUGGACUGUGACUUGAAAGACGAGCUUGUAGAUAAUGAACUGUGGAUAGUGGUUCAAAGCCGUAGCUGGAGACAAAGAUCUGUGGACUGUGGCUUGAAAGAUGAGUCAGAAAGACAGAGGCCGUCCGUGCCCAAAGGAUUUAACUGGACUGGGUUUUCCUGGAGCGCUUCCACAGGCAGCAUGUCUAUAAGGUGUCAGGAUGUCACGGUCUAUGUCUCCAUGCAGGACGGGCAGUAUAUAGAGGAACACAUGGGUCUGUACAAGGACAUGAUGAUGGAGAAUCACCGGCCCCUCACAUCACUAGAUGGGCCCAGUAACAGAGAUACCCCAGAGAGAUGUCCCCGUCCUCUGUAUUCCCAGGAUUGUACAGAGGAGAAUCACAGGAUCCCACAGGAGGAUCAGGAUGAAUGUCUCACUGACAUUAUGAUAGAAGAUACAGAGGGAGAAGAAGAGACGUAUGUGACUGAUAUAAAGGCAGAAGAUAUAGAGGGAGAAAAAGAGACGUAUGUGACUGAUAUAAAGGCAGAAGAUAUAGAGGGAGAAGAAGAGACGUAUGUGACUGAUAUAAAGGCAGAAGAUACAGAGGGAGAAGAAGACACGUAUGUGACUGAUAUAAAGGCAGAAGAUUCAGAGGGAGAAGAAGACACGUAUGUGACUGAUAUAAAGGCAGAAGAUAUAGAGGGAGAAGAGACGUAUGUGACUGAUAUAAAGGCAGAAGAUAUAGAGGGAGAAGAAGAGACGUAUGUGACUGAUAUAAAGGCAGAAGAUAUAGAGGGAGAAGAAGAGACGUAUGUGAGGGGUGAUCAGCAGUGUAAGGAGGAGGAGAUCCCUACAGAUAUCGCAGAUGGACAGACAAGCAGGAAAAUCUCAGAAGGACAUCUAAUGUUAUCCCCGGAUUGUGACAUAAAUGAUAAUGACAGUAGACAGGAUUCUCCAGGAGAUAACCCCAUUACCCCAAUUAUACAUCCAGCUCUAUCAGCUGAUCCCUCUGAUCCUGGGAAAUGUUCUCCUGAUCACUCUGAUAUUGGUGCAUCUGUUACAGCUCUGACAGUAGAUAUGGAGUUUCCCUGUUCUAUAGAUGCCAAAUGUUUUAUACAGAACACAAAGCUUAUUAUCCAUCAGCCAGCUAAGGCAGGUGAGAAGCCAUUUCCAUGUUCUGAGUGUGAGAAAUGUUUUACACAGAAAUCAGAUCUUGUUAAACAUCAGAGAAGUCACACCGGUGAGAGGCCAUUUUCUUGCUCUGAGUGUGGGAAAUGUUUUAUCCAGAAAUCACAUCUUGUUACACAUCAGCGAAGUCACACGGGUGAGAGGCCAUUUCCAUGUUCUGAGUGUGAGAAAUGUUUUACACAGAAAUCAGAUCUUGUUAAACAUCAGAGAAGUCACACCGGUGAGAGGCCAUUUUCUUGCUCUGAGUGUGGGAAAUGUUUUAUCCAGAAAUCACAUCUUGUUACACAUCAGCGAAGUCACACGGGUGAGAGGCCAUUUCCAUGUUCUGAGUGUGGGAAAUGUUUUGCACGGAAAUCACAUCUUGUUGCACGUCAGCAAAGUCACAAAGAUGAGAAGCCAUUUCCAUGUUCUGAGUGUGGGAAAUGUUUUACACGGAUAUCACAUCUUGUUACACAUCAGAGAAGUCACACAGGUGAGAAACCAUUUUCUUGCUCCGAGUGCGGGAAAUGUUUUACACAGAAAUCACAUCUUGUUAAUCAUCAGCGAAGUCACACAGGUGAGAAUACAUUUCCAUGUUCUGAGUGUGGGAAAUGUUUUACACAGAAAUCAGAUCUUAUUAAACAUCAGAAAACUCACACAGGUGAGAAGCCAUUUCCAUGUUCUGAGUGUGGGAAAUGUUUUGCACGCAAAGCAGAUCUUGUUAAACAUCAGAGAACUCACACAGGUGAGAAGCCAUUUUCUUGCUCUGAAUGCGGGAAAUGUUUUACACAGAAAUCAAAUCUUGUUAAACAUCAGCGAAGUCACACAGGUGAGAAUCCAUUUCCAUGUUCUGAGUGUGGAAAAUGUUUUGCAUACAAAUCAGAUCUUGUUAAACAUCAGAGAAGUCACACAGGUGAGAAGCCAUUUUCUUGCUCUGAGUGUGGGAAAUGUUUUACCUGGAAAUCACAACUUUAUACACAUCUUCGAAGUCACACAGGUGAGAAGCCAUUUCCAUACUCUGAGAAGUAAAUCAGCUCUUGUAGACAUCAGUCAGGUGAGAAACCAUUUUAAUCUUCUGGGGUAUACUUAUUGCCAUAUGAUGUUCUUCAAGAUUCUUAUCCUAUCUCCUAUGCUUUUUGCAAUAUACAUGCUACCGCAUGGUGAAAUAAUCAGACGUCAUGUACUCAUCUACCACUGCUAUGAAGAUGAUCUGUCUUUUGCUCAGGGUACUGAGAACCCAGUACCAAUCCUAAAUGGUUGUCUAGUUGAGCUCCAGGUGUGGGUGAUGCCAGUUGGCUGUGACUCAGUCCUGGUGAAACAGGUCUAUCAUAAGAUAGAAGCUCACCAACAAAGGGCAGGGCUACAGUUCAGCUUUGCAAACCAACCAGACUUACGCUUGGAGGUUCAGAGUUACAAAAUGCGGAUCAUGUGUGGAAUCUUGGUGUCCUGGAUUGUGGAGUGAAACUUAGACAUCACGU